AACAUUCGGAUAAGCGCAGACAGAACCAUUUUGGUACGUCGGAUCGCCGCACUGCCUCGACAUGCGUGUCAAAGCUCUAGUCGCUAUCGCAAGCCCAGCGUUGGUCUAAGUUAGCCUGGAAGAAGCAUCACGGCGGCCUGUUGUUGUUUCAGGAAGAAACAAGCCCGAGCUAUAUCUGUAGCCUCCCUUCGAAUCGGACUCACUUUUGAUAACUGACUUCUGUUGGAUCUCGGAGUUCUAGUUCGUUGCCAGUGCAAUUUCUUGACAACCAUGGCUUCUUUAGCUGAUGAUUCUAUCAAACCUAGAGAUGUUUGCAUUGUUGGUGUUGCAAGAACACCCAUGGGUGGUUUACUUGGCUCUCUUUCAUCUUUACCUGCUACAAAAUUAGGUUCUAUUGCAAUUGAAGCUGCUCUUAAUAGGGCCAGUAUACUUCCAUCUAUGGUGCAAGAAGUUUUCUUUGGUAAUGUUCUUAGUGCAAAUUUAGGACAAGCCCCAGCAAGGCAAGCUGCACUAGGUGCAGGUUUACCCAAUUCAGUUAUCUGCACCACCAUCCAUAAAGUAUGUGCAUCGGGGAUGAAAGCUACAAUGAUUGCUGCCCAAACAAUAGCAUCGGGUGCCAAUGACGUAGUAAUUUCUGGCGGCAUGGAAAGCAUGUCUAAUGCACCAAAAUAUAUCUCUACAGGAAGGACUGGAUCUCAUCUAGGGCACGACAAGAUUAUUGAUGGCAUGAUCAAAGAUGGCCUUUGGGACGUCUACAAUGAUUAUCAUAUGGGCGUUUGUGCAGAGUUGUGUGCUGAUCGACAUAACAUUACUAGAGAACAACAGGAUUCUUAUGCUAUCAAAAGUUUUGAGCGGGGCCUUGCUGCCGAAUCCUCUGGUGCAUUUUCAUGGGAGAUUACACCUGUUGAAGUUCCUGGUGGGAGGGGGAAGCCGUCGACUGUUGUUGACAAAGAUGAAGGCCUAAGAAAGUUUGACGCAUCUAAGUUAAAAGAACUCAGACCAAGUUUCAAGAAGGGAGGUUCUGUUACCGCUGGGAAUGCUUCAAUUAUAAGUGAUGGGGCUGCUGCUUUAGUUCUAGUGAGUGGUGAAAUGGCAAUUAAGCUCGGAUUGACAGUCAUUGCAAGAAUCAGAGGGUAUGCUGAUGCCGCGCAGGCACCAGAGUGGUUUACGACUGCUCCAUCUGUGGCCAUACCAAAAGCAUUAUCAAACUCUGGCAUUAAAGCAUCCGACAUAGAUUUAUACGAGAUAAAUGAAGCCUUCUCUGCCGUUGCUAUUGCUAACCAGAAGCUGCUCAACAUUGAUCCAGAUAAAUUAAAUGUGCACGGCGGUGCUGUGUCCUUGGGACAUCCGCUCGGCUGCAGUGCAGCUCGUAUAAUGGUGACACUGUUAGGGGCGCUGAAACACCGAAACAAGAAGUUUGGAGUUGCGGCAGUUUGCAAUGGUGGAGGGGGCGCAUCUGCUGUUGUUCUGGAGUUCAUUAACAGGCCCGUGGGGAUGGUGGGACGCUCCAUGCUUUAAAAUCGACAGCAUAUUGUUUUCCGAUGCGCCACAGCUUUCGUCGGCCGGCUGGCCGGCAUCGCCUCGUCUACCAUGGCAGCUCUGAAGCAGAUAGACACUGCUUCCUAAAACUUACCGUUGUAUCUAUCAACUGCAUUUUAUUUCAUUAUAAGAGCGAUCAUAAAGUAUGAAUAAGAAGUACCAUUCUUCCAAUAUAA